ACCACGCCCACUACAACUGCUUUGUACACGAACCACGUCUCAACUCUGUCGACCGCGCACGCCUCACUCGCCACCGCUCUCCGACGACCGAUUCGCACUCGCUCAACUUCUGUCCGCGAUUCUCGAUUCCACCGACUGCUCGAACUGCAGCGACUAGCAGGCCGCAAGCGCACACCCAAACGUCUGCCUGCGACAUGCAGUCGUGCGACUCAUCACCGCCAUGAGUGCUGCUCCGCCGCUCCCUCCUGCACCCCCUAGCCGCCAUGUAGAAUCUUCGGGCCACCAUAGUGGCAUGGGCACGGGAAACGGACCAAGCAACGGGCAAUUGAACACUUCUGCCCAAGCAGCAGGCGGCGGUAGCAGUGGCAAUGGCGGCGGCGAACGUGUCUACUCGCACAUCACCGAUCUGCAGGCCGAAGCGCUCGCCAGUCUCAGCAGCAAUGGCCAGUCCAUCACGCAGCUUCUCGCAAGCGCAGAGAAAUCUUUCAAUGAUGCCAAGUUUAAGAUCGACUACCGCCGCCCCGAUAUGGCCUUUGUCGACUAUCUACGCGCUUCAGAGAUCGCCGUAGAAGUGGUGCCGCGCCACCGCGACUAUAUACACUUCAUCCACGACCAACAUGGGCAGCAAAAGCUGCAGGUAUUGCAGAGGCGCAUCACUGGUCUCGCGGACCAAUUUGCCAGCAUUAAGCAGAUUAUCGUCAAUAACAACAGUCGCUAUGGCACGGUGCCACGAUCACAGCGGCAGAAUGCUGGUGAGGUAUUAGGCGUCGAAAAUGGCUCGCCCAAGCCCAGCGGGCACAAGGCAAAACCUUCAGUUUCUCCCAAGCCUGACAAUCUGCAAGGACGACCGAUCUCUGCAAUCGGUGGACGUACUCCGCAACCGAUGGGCCAGGACUUGGACGAUCGUUUUGCGAAACUGCGCAUAUCUGGGUCAAACACGCCAGGAUCAAGAGCCUCCCUAUCCUCGCUGCCUGCGGCUUCGAUGCCAUCUGCCAGCGAUUAUGGUGGGGCCUCAGGUGCACUCCCUUCCAGAGUCAAACCUCAGGGGCCUCGCUCAAUGCUUCUCGACACCGAGCUGGCUGUUGCGAUGCCCAAGGCACCCAGUCCCACCUACAGCCCAGCCAGAAACAUGCAGACGACAGGGGACAUCGCCCCGCCUCGACACAGUGUGCGUAGCCUAGCACCUUCACGCAAGUCAACACUCACAUCAAAUCCGUAUGCCGUAAAUUCAGUCGCACCGGCCGAAACGCACGAACCUGCUGCCGCGAGGUCCAACGGAGCGCCACCUGUACCACUGCCCCGGCGGAAAUCAGUGCACAUGCCCAAGGAGACGCGCAUCACAGCAGAAAAGCUGUACGACUAUCUUGAACGCUUCAAUAUCAUGCUGAUUGAUUGUCGGUCGCGCAUGGAUUUUGAUCAGGGUCACAUAUACUCACGGAACGUCAUAUGUGUCGAGCCGGUGGGCCUACAGCAAGGCAUGAGUGCUGAGCAACUCGCCGAAAAAUUGAUCCUAUCGCCCGAUGACGAACAAGAUAUCUUCCAUAACCGUGACCAGUACGACCUCGUGGUCUACUAUGACAAUGAUACUAAAUCUGAGACCUUUCUCUCGCGACCCCACAACGAAGCAGAACAGCAUCUCAAGUGUUUGCAUGAGGCUCUUUACGACUUCAAUCAGGAGAAGAAAUUGCAAAGACCACCUAUCAUUUUGGUAGGAGGCAUCGAAGCUUGGAUAGACUUGGUGGGAAAUGCAGCCCUAGUUAGCACUGCCACACAGACUCGAGCCAAGCCGGGCCGUCCGUUGCAGCGUCGGCUUGCCAUCAGAGAUGGUCAACAGAGGUUGCCGAAACAACGCUUGCGGGAUUACAAUCCUCUUGAUGCCGAAGAAGAACAGAAAUGGCGCGAUCGCGCUCAGAGCGAGAGUGUGCCUGAAGCAUCAUCGUUCGCUCAACACGAAGCGAACGAAGGCGAGAGUGAUGAUACAGAUGAAAUUCUCAGGUUUCCAAACAUCGACGAAUUCAACGCAAGAUUCCCAGACGCUGGGACGCUCGCAGCACAACCGCCCGCACGCCCAGCAUCUACGCCCGUAUCGUCUGGCUUCGAUGUUCCCAAGUACCCUCCAACCCCGGAACAUUCUGUCUAUCCACAUCCACCUCCGCCUGCGCGGCCACCACCAGCAGCGCCAAGAGUCAGCUACACUGGCGUCAGCGAUCGAGCAGUCUCUCAGAGCACGCCUAUUCCCAGAACUUCGAGUCAGUUGCUACCCUAUGUGCCACAACGCUACCUGGCGCAGAACCUACGACUUCCAAAGACGGGCAUUCAGAACUUCGGCAACACUUGCUACAUGAAUGCGACAUUGCAAGCUCUUUCUGCGACCACGCCCUUGACCAUCAUGAUGUUGGAUGACCAGUACAAAAGAUUGGUACAAAAAGACAACUGGAAGGGCAGCCGUGGGCUCUUGCCUGAGAUAUAUGCCAACACGGUUCGGUCGCUAUGGGCGCGUGAUGUGGACUACAUCAAGCCCACCACGCUCCUUACUUUCUGUGGGCGCUUGAACAGCACGUUCAAGGAUCCGAAUCAGCAGCAGGAUGCUCAAGAAUUCUUCAGCUUCAUUGUGGAUUGUCUGCACGAGGACUUCAACGCAGUUUGGAGCAAGAAUCCUCUGCGCGUGCUCACUGACCAAGAAGAGGCGAAACGAGAGCGCAUGCCGGCCCUUGUGGUGGCUAAGACGGAAUGGGGUCGCUAUGUACAUCGCGAGAAUUCGUUUCUCACGUCGCUGUUUUACGGUCAGCACUCUUCUAGGUUACGGUGUUCGCAUUGCAACUUCACCAGCACGACAUACGAAGCCUGGGCUCUGUUGCAAGUGGAGAUUCCGGAUGCGCGAGACGCACAACUACAGGACUGUCUCAGGGCGCACUUCAGGGACGAGCUGCUCGACAAGGAGAAUCAGUGGUCGUGUCCCAAGUGCAAGACACCCCGCAGGGCUGCGAAGAAAUUGACCAUGACCCGUGCGCCCCCUUUCCUGGUCGUAGCCCUCAAGCGCUUCAAAAGUAAUGCGCGAGGUGACCAGCGCAAAUUGCGUACGGCCGUGCGCUUCCCGCUUACUGGUCUAGAUAUGGAGGAAUUCAUCCUCCCCCAGCCAUCACCUCAGGAGGCGCAAGAGAUUGCUCGGAAUUAUGGGCAAGACGCGCUGAAGGUGGAAGAUUCGCUUACGCCACCGUACGUGUACGAUGCUUAUGCGGUGGUCCGACAUCUGGGUGAUUCGACAAGGAGUGGUCACUACACCGCACUGGUGCGUGACAAAGCUCGAUCUUGUUGGCGGCAUUUCAACGACACUAGGUACCAGGACUUCCAACCCGAAAACAUGCGGCCGGAUCAAGCCUUAGACAAUGAACAGGCGUAUCUCCUUUUCUACCAGCGCCGUCCGGUCAAUGAGGCGAAUGGCAAAUAGCAUUAUGUAGCGUUCGAGCGAUCAAAGUGUGGCUUCAGCCGGUGUUGCGGGGCACACUUUUCACGACCAU